AUGUCGGCCGCAGGAUCAAGUAGUGAUGCCGCGGUGAAGAAGGCUUUCCCUCGGGUUGACCUCGAGGGUCACGACCUUCCUCCCUCCCCCGCUCCUUCGAGCCCCCACGGUGGCCGUCGCUAUAACAUUGCUACGGAGCUUGUAUAUACGGAGGGAAAUGAUCAGUACAAUGCUAGCAGCGUUCCGAUCUACCAGAGCGCUACAUUCAAACAGACCUCCGGUGGUGGAGGCGGCGAAUAUGACUACACUCGCUCCGGAAACCCGACCCGGACACACUUGGAGCGACACCUCGCCAAGAUCAUGUCCGCCCAGCGGGCUCUCGUCGUGUCCUCUGGUAUGGCUGCGUUGGAUGUGAUUUCUCGCCUGCUUCGUCCUGGUGACGAGGUGGUGACUGGUGAUGACCUCUACGGUGGCACCAACCGCCUUCUGAAGUACCUGUCCACGAACGGCGGCAUCAUCGUCCACCAUGUUGAUACUACGGUGCCGGAGAAAGUGCGCGAGGUUCUGACCUCGAAGACAGCGAUGGUCCUGCUGGAGACGCCGACCAACCCGCUCAUCAAGGUCGUGGAUAUUCCUCAGAUUGCUGCCGCCGCCCACGAAGCGAACCCUAACUGCGUUGUCUCGGUCGACAACACCAUGAUGUCGCCUCUUUUGCUGAACCCUCUCGAACUUGGUGCUGAUAUUGUGUACGAGAGCGGUACCAAGUACCUUUCCGGUCACCACGACCUUAUGGCGGGUGUGCUCGCGGUCAACGACCUAUCUCUCGGCGAACGCCUCUACUUCACAAUCAACGCUUCCGGCUGCGGUCUGUCACCCUUCGACUCGUGGCUGUUGCUGCGUGGAGUGAAGACGCUCAAGGUCCGGAUGGAUCAGCAGCAGAGCAACGCCCAGCGCAUUGCCGAGUUCCUCGAAACCCAUGGCUUCAAGGUGCGGUACCCUGGUCUGCGGUCGCACCCGCAGUAUGAGCUGCACCACUCGAUGGCCCGGGGAUCGGGAGCCGUGCUCUCGUUCGAGACGGGUGAUGUGGGUGUCAGUGAGCGGAUUGUUGAGAGCGCCAAGCUGUGGGCCAUCAGUGUCAGCUUUGGCUGUGUCAACAGUUUGAUCAGUAUGCCGUGCCGCAUGAGCCACGCCAGUAUCGACGAGAAGACGCGACGGGAGCGCGCCAUGCCCGAGGAUCUGAUCCGACUGUGUGUGGGUAUUGAAGAUGCAGAUGAUCUCAUUGAUGACUUGCGACGGGCGGUAACGCCUCUCCCCAUGUCCGCCAUCACAGAGCAGUCCAUAUCGUCAGAUUGGAAUACCAACCGUUUAGGUGCGCGACUGGGAGUCGAUAUCGCCAGCGCCGCAACUGCGGGUGCCUUGACAUGUCCUGUCAUCACCGUUAUUGAUCGCGCGAUCAUCGAAAAAGCAGCCAAGGGUGUCCCCAUCCGCCAGACCAUCACAUCCUGCUUCCGAUCCAUGUUCACAAAACCGGGGAGCUUCUUCCUCAGCACCCCAUUCCUCCUUAUCUACACCCUGUACACGUCCACCUACCUCACUGCGAACACCAUUGACACCUUCACCUCCACCGUGCGCGACAAGCCCUUCUCAACUGUCUUCCCCGGUACUGCCAAAUUCCUCACCACCACCGCAGUGAACAUGGGUAUUUGCGUAUACAAGGACGCCAGGUUUGCGCGCAUCUUCGGUGCAAAACCUUCUCCUGCUGCUACACCUGGAUCUACAUCUACGCCCCAGCCCGCUUCCAGAUCUACAUCCGCAUCCACCCCAGCCUCCUGCCACCCUUCCGGCGCCGCCAAAGUCCCCAAGAUCUCCUACGGCCUCUUCUGUCUCCGCGACAGCAUCACCAUCUUCGCCUCCUUCAACAUCCCCGCCCUCGUCGCCCCCUCCAUCCCAGAUUCUAUCGCCUCCACGCCCGGAAUGAAGGCUGCGCUCGCGCAAUUCUCCUGUCCGGCUCUGAUGCAGUUCGCUAGCACGCCUAUGCACCUGCUCGGAUUGGAUCUGUAUAACCGGCAACCGCCAGGCGGAUUGGGAUGGCGUGAGCGCGCUUCGCGCAUCAGACGCGACUACAUCCCCAGUUGCUUCGCGCGCAUGGGCAAGAUCGUUCCGGCGUAUGGUGUGGGUGGUGUGGUGAAUGUGCGGAUGAGAGCUUCGCUGAUGGAGUAUCUGGAGGGUGGGAAGUAA